AUGAAAAUUAUUAUUGAAAAAGAUAAAACAAUAAUAAUAUCAUAUUAGUUACUUUAAUUUCAUUAAAAAAAUAUUUACUUAUUGAUAAGUAUAAUUUAUGAUAACGCUGCUUAAAUUUUUCAAAAAGGUUUUUAUGAGCUUAAAAAAUUGAAAACGUUUGUAAAUUUAACUAAAAAAAAAGUAAAAAUGUAGAUUAAUUUAAUAAUACUCAGAAUUGAAUAAAUUGGAUUAUAUUUAAAAAUCAAAAAAUAAAUAACAAACUGGCAAUUCACCACAAUAUUUCUAGAGCAAGAAUACUCAAAGCAAUUUUUAAAAUCCUUCAACUCAUUAUACUUUAUAGCUUAGGAUACCUUAAAAUUAGUAUGGCUAAAAUUUUUAAAAUUAAGUAAGUGCUUUAGUUUAGCUUGUAUAUCAAUAAAUAAAUACCAUUUUUUAAAAGAAGAAUUUUUUGUAUAAUAAAUCAUUAAUCUUUAGAUAUGGUUGUCUUUAAUUAUCAAAAAAGUUGACUUGAGAUUAAUCUAAAUUAAAAAUUUGUUAAAACCUUUGUUAUAUAUUGAGCAAUAAAUAUAAUGGACAUAAUCUCUUAAGAUAUAAAAUCGUUAUUAUUUUGUUAAUUAAAUUACAAAGAAUUAAAAAAAAGGCUAGGAGACUAUUUAAAUUAAAAAAGUUUUUAAUUCAAGUCAGUUAUCUAACAUUUUAUUUGAUAUCUCUUAUGAAAGUAAUCAGUAUGAAUAAUGUUACACUAAUAAGAAUAAUUGA